GUGUUCCAUCCCCGCGAAGGGAUGGAACAAGGCACUAGGACCUAGGAGGCGUCUCAUCCACCCUGGCAGGAAUUUCUUGCUUGGAGCUCAGACAACAAAGGCAGAGUGAGCCUGGUUUUCUUUCUCUCAGCAUCUCCACCCUGCGCGCUGAAAACCGCUUCAGAUCUUUAGGGUUCACCAAACUAUGGAACUUGAUUUUGGACACUUUGACGAAAGAGACAAGGCGUCCAGAAACAUGCGAGGCACACGGAUGAACGGCUUGCCCAGCCCUACUCACAGCGCUCACUGUAGCUUCUACAGAACCCGGACCUUACAGGCGCUGAGUAACGAGAAGAAAGCCAAGAAGGUUCGUUUCUAUCGCAACGGGGACCGCUACUUCAAGGGGAUUGUAUACGCCGUGUCCUCCGACCGCUUCCGAAGUUUCGAUGCGCUCCUGGCGGACCUGACCCGGUCCCUGUCCGACAACAUCAACCUGCCUCAGGGAGUGCGCUACAUUUACACCAUCGACGGCUCGCGGAAGAUCGGCAGCAUGGACGAGCUGGAGGAAGGGGAGAGUUACGUCUGCUCGUCCGACAACUUCUUCAAGAAGGUGGAAUACACCAAGAACGUCAACCCCAACUGGUCUGUCAACGUGAAGACCUCUGCCAACCAGAAAGCACCUCAGUCCCUGGCCAGCAGCAACAGCGCCCAGGCCAAGGAGAACAAGGAUUUCGUGCGCCCCAAGCUGGUGACCAUCAUCCGCAGCGGGGUGAAGCCCCGCAAGGCCGUGCGCGUGCUGCUCAACAAGAAGACUGCCCACUCCUUCGAGCAAGUCCUCACUGACAUCACUGAAGCUAUCAAACUGGAGACAGGGGUGGUCAAAAAGCUGUACACCUUGGAUGGGAAGCAGGUGACCUGUCUCCACGAUUUCUUUGGGGAUGAUGAUGUGUUUAUCGCCUGUGGUCCAGAAAAAUUCCGCUAUGCACAGGAUGACUUUUCCCUGGAUGAAAGCGAGUGCCGGGUGAUGAAGGGGAGCCCAGCAGGUGCCACGGGCAGCAAAUCCUCCCCCACCCCUCAGAAGAGCUCGGCCAAGAGCCCCGCGCCCAUGCGCCGCAGCAAGUCCCCGGCCGAUUCAGCCAACGGGACCUCCAGCAGUCAGCUGUCCACACCCAAAUCCAAGCAGUCCCCGAUCUCCACGCCCACCAGCCCAGGGAGCCUCCGUAAGCACAAGGACUUGUACCUGCCUCUGUCUUUGGAUGACUCGGAUUCCCUUGGAGAUUCCAUGUAGAGCGACGCGGAGCGAAUUGUCCACAUUGCAUUUGGGAUACAGCAAAGUACCUCUGCCAAAACAAGCAGAUAGGUGACUGGUGCUUUCAAGUCAAAGGACACACGGUUAAAUGUCAUUUUUGUUCUGUGAUUUCUCCUCUCUGUGCCACAAACCAACACCUGCCAGUCUAUAGAGAUAGAGGGAUACCAUUCUUCUAAGUUACA